AUGCAAUCCCUACUAAAUCGACAAGACAACCUCCGUCUACCUCUCGGCGAGCGUCGAAAGAAAUCAGACCUUGGACGGUUCUGUCUUGAUCUUAGCUGGGCUAGAGAAGUUCCAGAUAGUGCACGUUCGAGAGCAUAUCCCUCUCCGCCCAUGUCUGGAUCGCCAACUCUGCCAUCAAGACCAAAUAUAGACGCUUGUGAGCGUGGGCAUGGAGCUUAUGUAUCAGGUGUUGCUGGACCAGGCGUCUAUCGCGGCCUUCCGACCCCUCAGUUAGAUCAGUCAGACCAAAGGAGUCUAGCUCAUAGAAUUUACACUCCUCUACCAGAGCCAGCAACAUCAAUAAUGUUCUCAGGUCCGUAUCGAUCAGACCACAUGCCUAAUUCUCAGCAACAUCAGACACAGAUUCACACCUUGCCCCAUUUAUCCCAACAUCCCGAAUUCUCUGCUCACACAACAACACAACCAUCUUUUACGCAGGCUUCUUAUCCCGGAACUGGUCGACCACUAGCUCCUGAACAGGUAGGAUUCACAUCACCGAAACAACAAAGGAAAACGAAGGGGCACGUAGCGUCUGCGUGUGUACCAUCCCAACGACCAUGUUCACGGUGUGUAAGUAACGGCAAGGAAGAUGCUUGCGUAGAUGUUCAACACAAGAAGCGUGGAAGGCCGAGGCUACGAGAUGAAAGGGUUCCUCGUUACGAUGGCAUCACUCAUGGCUACUCGAACGACUUAAUGCGAAGGCCACAGUCUUUCUACAACCAAAAUGAGCCCACUGUGUCCAUAUUUGGCGCUAACUUACAACAAAGACCGGGUGAAUAUCGAAUUCUAAAAUCCCAUGGAGCCUCCAUUAAUAACAGCAUGCCAAAGUAUAGCGAUCAUAAUUCAGCCAGCGAUACAGGUAUCUAUAUUUCACCUCAAGCACCCAACUCGAGACCUCUAGCCCAUCCAGAGCCAGCUUAUGCAUUCUUAAGCCUGGACAUGGUAAUUAUUAAAUCGACGCCCAGCUUCGGAGAAACGAUAGGUACCCAUUCAAUUGUGAACCGGCCGUUUCAGGAUAUUGUCACCCCAAAUGAAAGGGAAAAGGUUAUUAGACUACAACGCACGUUUGAAGAAGAGCGACGUGAACGAGAGCCAAACUAUCUUCCACCAAUAUACCUCUCUAAGUUUGAAGAAGAUCGGGUAAUCCAGGCAAUCGGAUUCGGUAUAGAAGAUCUUGGUCAUGUUAGAACAGACCGGCAAGAGAUGCUUACUUUUCAGGCCCCGGAUGGUCAACAGAGAACCUUCCAAGUUCGUAUGGGCUUGGCUAAGAAGAUAUCUACCUAUUUUAUUGUGGUACUUCUCCAUAUACCAACUUCACAAAUUUAUAACUCACCUUCCAUGUCUUAUACGCGAGAAUCUCAUUCUCGCGACUCACAGUAUGGAUAUCAAUCCUCACUGCAAGGAUUUUCACAAAACUCAGGGUCGUCGUCUUAUCCCACGAGCCCAGCAUAUAGUGAUGGACGCCUUGAAUUACCGAGCUACAGGACGCCAUGUCCAACUGGGUCUGGUAUAGCUUAUAACUCAACGGGUAUCACUCCAUUCUAUCAACCUCACACACGUGUAGAAUACAACCAGCCACAAGCCUCAUAUCAAGUACCCAGGAGCGAGUUACUACAAGGUAGUCAAUCGCGUCCUAAUGAUCUACAGUUACCACCUAUUAGAGAUCCAAUACCACAUCGUGAUAGUGUUAAGGGCCGCCUCGAUAUUGGUGGACUCCUUGAAAGCACAGAUAUUGGAAGCUCGCGUGGCUGA